CUUAUCAAUUUAUUAAAAUUUACAAAAAAAAAAUACACUAAAUCUCCAUUUCAUAUUUUUUAGUAUUAAUGUAAUAAACCAAGUUUAUUAUACAAUGCUUGCCAGGUUUGUGAAUUCUUUGCCGACUGGCUUAUCGCAGCGAAUCACCAAGCUGUACUUUCAAGUCCUUGUAAGAAACCAGCGAGAGUUACACAGCAGCGUUGAAUAUCACCAAUAUUCUAACAUGGAUGUUAAAAUAUUACCCGCUCUGAAGGACAACUACAUGUACCUUCUUGUGGAUAAGGCAACCAAUGAGGCCGCAGUUGUUGAUCCAGUGGAGACCAAGACAGUCUUACAGGCUGUUCACGAUCAUCAACUUAAACUCACUACAGUCUUAACGACACACCAUCACUGGGAUCAUGCUGGCGGCAAUGAAGAACUAGCUAAACAAGUUCCAGGGAUCGAAGUUUAUGGUGGUGAUGACCGUAUUGGUGCGCUGACUAAAAAAGUGGAGCACAAUACGAUCUUUAACAUAGGGAAUUUAAUGGUUCAAUGUCUGUUUACUCCCUGCCACACAAUGGGCCAUAUCUGCUACUAUGUGACUACUCCUGGAGAGGGAUCAGAUGGUGUUGUGUUUACAGGAGACACGUUGUUCCUGGCUGGUUGUGGACGUUUCUUCGAAGGCAAUGCUGAGCAGAUGUACAAUGCCUUCUCAAUCCUUGGCAGCCUCCCAGAUAAUACCAAGGUUUAUUGUGGUCAUGAGUAUACUUUACAAAAUCUGAAAUUUGCCUUACAUGUUGAACCAAACAACAACGAAAUUUUAAAGAAGAUUGCAUGGUCAGAACUGAGGCGUGAGGAGGGAAAGCCUACGGUGCCAUCAACAAUCGGUGAGGAGAAGUCAUACAAUCCCUUUAUGAGAGUGUAUGAGGCAGAGGUAAUGCAACAUGCCAAAGCACAGAAUGCUAUUCAGACCAUGAAUAACAUCCGUUUAGAGAAAGAUUCAUUCCAAUAAAUAAUGUUAUGUAACUUACCUUCCUUGUACACAACUUUUCAAACAUUGAAAAUACUAGAUAGUAAUAAAUGUUGGUAGGUGGUAAAAUUAAUUUUCUAUUCCUAAAAAACUUACUAAUGUCUCCAGUUGAAUAGUUGUGUACAAUGAACAAAAUAUUUUGUCACAACUUUUCGGAUUAUCGGGGUUGAUAUAUUUAAACUGCUUUACAUUCUUUUUUGUUAUUGUUUUUAUUCUCGAUUUAUACUGAAUGUCUGAUGAGUUUAUAAGAAAGCAGAAAAUAUGGAAUAAAUUUUUGUUAUGGUCA